AUGAGAUCGUCCCUCCGCAUUGCCCGUGCUUCGGCGCCUUCAUCGUUCGGUUCGCUGCGAACCACCCGGCUGAGCCUCGGCGGCAGUUUGUACACUCGCACGUCCGCCCUCGCCUCCGCCCGUCUCUACGCUGACGAUGCCAGCAAGGCCAAGAAGAAGAUCGAUCUCACGGACAAGAGCGAUGAGGAGAUCAUCGAGCUGGUGACCGCCGGCAAGCUCCACUCCCACAAGCUCGAGGAGUACCUGCCCGGCAACCUCGAGCGCGCCGUCCGCAUCAGACGGUUGGGUCUGGAGGCGCACGUGCAGGCCAAGUCGGACCACAAGCCCGACCUCUCCAAGCUGCCCUACCAAAGCUACAACUACGACUCCGUCUACGGCGCCUGCUGUGAGAACGUCGUCGGUUACGUGCCCAUUCCCCUGGGCAUGGCCGGCCCUCUGCUGGUCAACGGCAAGCUCGUCCACAUCCCCAUGGCGACCACCGAGGGCUGCCUCGUCGCCUCCACCCACAGGGGUUGCAAGGCGAUCACCGAGUCCGGUGGCGCUACGAGCGUGGUGAUCGCCGACGGCAUGACCCGCGGUCCGGCCGUGCGUCUGCCCUCGGCCAAGCGCGCGUCGGAGGUCAUCGCGUGGGUGAAGAACACCGACAACUUCUACCUCCUCGCCUCCGCCUUCAACUCGACCUCGCGCUUCGCUCGCCUCAACUCGAUCAAAACCGGUAUCGCGGGUAGGACGCUCUUCCUCCGCUUCAAGAGCGCCACCGGUGACGCCAUGGGCAUGAACAUGAUCUCCAAGGGUGUGGAGAAGGCGCUUGAUGUCAUCACCGACUACUUCCCGGACUUGGAGAUUCUGUCGCUGUCGGGCAACUACUGCACGGACAAGAAGCCCUCCGCCAUCAACUGGCUCGAGGGCCGAGGCAAGUCCGUCGUAGCCGAGGCCAUCAUUGAGGAGCGCAUCGUCAAGGAGGUCCUCAAGACCACGGUUCAGUCGCUGGUGGACCUGAACAUCCAGAAGAACCUGGUCGGUUCGGCCGUCGCCGGUUCGAUUGGCGGCAACAACGCCCACGCCUCGAACAUCGUCUCCGCCAUGUUCCUCGCCACCGGCCAGGAUCCCGCCCAGAACGUCGAGUCCUCCAACUGCAUGACCCUCAUGGAAGUUGCUCCCAACGGCAAGGACCUGUUCAUUUCGUGCACGAUGCCUUCCAUCGAAGUCGGCACCAUUGGCGGCGGCACCCACCUCGGCCCGCAGUCGACGUGUCUGGACAUCAUGGGCGUGAAGGGCUCCAACCUGACCAACCCCGGCGCCAACGCCCGCGCGCUCGCUGAGGCCAUCUGCGCCGCCGUCAUGGCUGGCGAGCUCUCCCUCAUGUCUGCCCUUGCCGCUGGCCACUUGGUGCGCAGCCACAUGGCCCACAACAGGAAGAAGGACCCGCAGGUCAGCGAGCCGCACAAGCUGCCCGACUUCACCAACACGCCGAGCGAGAACGACAGCCCCAAGGAGGAGAAGUUCGGCGCCUGCGUCGUCGGCGACAAGAAGUAA